AUGGACAGGGCGGUGUUGGUGUUGGUGUUGUGGUGCUGUGUGUUGGUCUCCUCGGCGGCUGGCGAAGAGGGCUGUGGCGGUCCGCUGGCGGCGAAUUUUCCUGAAGGGCGGAGCGAAGUCUACAUCGCGAGCGGCCUGGCGCAGAGCUUUCACGUCAAGAAGACCAGCCGCGUCACGUCCUUCACUUCCCACUUCUGGACAAUCCGUAACGGUUCGGUACUCGAGUCCCUGGCGAUCCACAGCGACCAAGCCUCCAACCCAGGCCCCGGGCCGGCGCUGACCAACGCUACUUUCCAUGUGGCGUCGGUUCCGUAUGGCGAGAGGGAGCGGCGGACGUUCAACACAACACGGCCCGGGGGCAUUCUGCUCACACCGGGCCACUACUGGCUGGUGGCAAUGCUGCCCGGGAGUAUGGGCUGGCUGUGCAAUACCCCCGCCGUGCAAGACCCAGAGCUGCCCCUGGCCGUCCUACGCGGGUUGGCAGUCGCGGCCCGCCCUGGCAGCUGGGUCGUACACAACCAGCCCGAUGAGCGCGUAUUCACCCUCGGGCUCAACGGCUGCCGCGCGGAAGAGCCCACACCCUUCCCACCUCACAAGGGCGGCGGUGAUGACGGUGACGCGGGCACGACGGUGGGGAUCGUCCUGGGCGUGCUGGCUGCUAUCGGCCUGAUCGGUGCAGCGGCCGUCGGCCUGGCCGUGUGGGUCAGGAAGCAGCGAAUCACAGUGCACUACCAAGCCGUGGACGGUGGCAUCUCUUCGGAGGAGCUGUAG